ACAAAUACAAAUUAAAAAAUGCGUGAAUGUAUUUCUAUACACGGAGGUCAAGCUGGAGUUCAAAUUGGAAACGCAUGUUGGGAAUUAUAUUGCCUAGAGCAUGGAAUUCAACCUGAUGGUCAAAUGCCUUCGGAUAAAACCGUCGGUGGCGGUGAUGAUUCCUUCAACACGUUUUUUAGUGAAACUGGUGCAGGAAAACAUGUUCCAAGGGCUGUUUUUAUCGAUUUGGAACCUACGGUAGUAGAUGAAGUCCGUACUGGAACCUAUCGCCAACUAUUUCAUCCCGAACAGCUAAUCACAGGAAAAGAAGAUGCAGCCAACAACUACGCAAGAGGCCACUACACGAUUGGCAAAGAAAUAGUAGAUCUCGUUUUAGAUAGAGUUCGCAAAUUAGCUGACCAAUGUACAGGAUUGCAAGGUUUCUUAAUAUUUCAUUCCUUUGGAGGCGGUACAGGCUCAGGUUUCGCUUCGUUGUUGAUGGAACGCUUAUCAGUUGAUUAUGGUAAGAAGUCCAAAUUAGAAUUUGCUAUAUAUCCAGCGCCACAAAUAUCUACAGCUGUAGUAGAGCCCUACAACUCCAUCCUCACUACACACACUACGUUAGAACAUUCGGACGCUGCUUUUAUGGUUGAUAAUGAAGCUAUAUAUGAUAUUUGCCGAAGAAAUUUAGAUAUAGAAAGACCUACAUAUACAAAUUUGAACAGAUUAAUCGGACAAAUAGUAUCUUCUAUAACAGCAUCGUUAAGAUUUGAUGGAGCGUUAAAUGUAGACCUUACGGAAUUCCAAACCAACUUGGUACCCUAUCCUCGCAUACAUUUUCCUCUAGUUACUUAUGCUCCCGUUAUAUCAGCAGAGAAAGCUUACCACGAGCAAUUAUCAGUUGCAGAAAUAACCAACGCUUGUUUUGAACCAGCUAAUCAAAUGGUAAAAUGCGAUCCUCGACAUGGAAAAUAUAUGGCUUGUUGUAUGUUAUAUCGCGGUGAUGUGGUGCCUAAAGACGUUAAUGCUGCUAUAGGAACAAUAAAAACUAAGCGUACAAUUCAGUUCGUUGAUUGGUGUCCAACAGGAUUUAAAGUUGGUAUCAAUUACCAGCCACCAACCGUUGUACCGGGAGGAGACUUGGCUAAAGUGCAACGUGCAGUUUGCAUGCUCUCAAAUACGACCGCAAUUGCAGAGGCUUGGUCACGUUUGAACCAUAAGUUUGAUUUAAUGUAUGCAAAACGUGCGUUCGUCCAUUGGUACGUAGGUGAAGGCAUGGAAGAAGGAGAGUUUUCUGAAGCACGUGAAGAUUUGGCAGCUUUAGAAAAAGAUUACGAAGAAGUUGGUAUGGAUUCUGGGGAAGGAGAAGGUGAAGGUGGUGAAGAGUAUUAAAUUCACAAUAAGAUUCAUUUUGCACUUUUACAUUAUUACAUUCAAAUGUUUUCCGGUCGUUACUCAAUAAGAACUACAAAGCUUUUUAAUAGGAUUAUUAAAAAUUAUCAAGUGUUUAUACUA